AUGUUUGUUCUCAAUGGAAACAGCGAAGCGGCUCUUCUAGACGAUAUGAAAUUAAAUUCUGUUCCUUAUAAGGAAAACUACUGUGUAAUUUACAACUAUAUAUCUCCCAACAUGACCUACAACGGAAGUGUAACCUUUGUGACGCACAGCGAUGUACACUACUUGGGAAACCUGGAGACAUUGGUAAGUUUUUUAUAUACAAACCGUAUUGUGCUUUUCGUAAAAUUAAAAUCAGUGGAACAUAUUCGUUUACAGACAAGGUAUUGGGAUGGACCGAUUUCAAUCGGGAUUAUUGUUGAUCCUCCGCAACAGAACGCUUGGAGGUCAAAGGGUUUCGCAUCCAAAAAAUUCGUCAUGGCUCUCUCCAGGCUCGAUCUUCUCAGUGCGUCCGUAUUGGUUGGGAAAGUCACCGCGCAUCUUGUUUAUCCAAAAUCCGAGACGUCUCCGUGCGGUCGAAUACUCGUUGACGAGAGCGUGUUCUCCAAGGAUAUCAACUAUAUAGGCCGAUACUUCCCCGGGAACCACAAGAGGCACCGCUAUCCAAUAAAUGUGUUGAGGAAUGUGGCGCGGAUUGGGCUUACCUCGCCAAUCUUUAUGUCGUCCGAGUUGGAGGAGAUUCCGUCGGCGCAUUUUGCAGAAAGAGUCAAAGACUUGGCUUUGAAUGAGUUCUCCAGGUGAGUCACAAGACCGGAGAUUGAUGAAGCCGUGUCAUAUAUAUAGUCGCAAUAAGUAGGUAAUUUCAGAAAUAGCAAAACAGCUUUGAUUUACCGAAAGUUCCAAAUUGCCAAAGGCCAAGUCGUUCCGCAGAUUAAGAGCGAUUUGAUAGUAAGCAGUCAACUUUGUUCACAGAAUAUUUCAUAAUAUUUUUAGCACAUGUUUAAUGUUGAGAGAGCAGCGGAGUUCAAGAACUACACCACCACAAAAGCCCACAGAAUUCCAAUGGUACAGGAGUGGAUGACGGUUCCAGAGAACUUUAACAAGUCGAGUGUCUUUAUGGUAAAACUUGUUUUUGAGUUUGUAAUGUUAUCUAUAAGUUGAACGUUAAAACUACAAUUCCAUUUAGAAUCUCACAUAUAUGGAUCCAACAUGGGAGCCUCGUUUUGUUGGCUACAAUAGGACGGUUCCACUGUACGACGACAGUUUCAUCCUUGGGUUAAGAGAUCAGACCGAGCUCGUCUACGAGAUGUGCCUAAACGGGUUCGAGUUUAAGGUCCUCAACGAUCUUUUCACUUCAACAGUGGGGAUUCAGCAGCAAAUGUCAAGCGAAGAAUUAAACAUUCUCAAGAAUGGCGCAGGAUCAGAGCAUGGAAUGGUAAUUAUUAUAAUUAAGUCCGCCUUUUUAUCCCGGAAGGGUCUUACAUUAUAACUCACAAGAUUUCCGUUUCAGCUGGUCGAGGAAUACACAAAACGACUCUCCAAACAAUUCCCCGAUCUCAACGAACGAUGCGGCAUCUUCAAAGCCGACGAUCAGUUCUAUUAUCAUGUAAAUUAA